AACUCCCAGUUGUACAAAUCUGUGUAACUGUUACAAUCAUUGUUUAUAUUUAAAAUGUCCUAAUGCUAAUUUGGAUGUUUAUUAUUUUUAGUUCUGAUACAUUUUAGCUCUAAGGAGAAAUUACCAGCUCUCUGCAAAUCACCAGCAAAUAUCACAUGGGCCAAAAUUGGCCUAAUCAUAUUAGUGGGACAGUGUAGGUGAGGUAAUAUCUUUUAUUGUACUAACUUCUGUUGGUCAGAGAGAAAUUCUUUUGCGCUAAGUAGAGCUGCUCUUCAUAUCUGAGAGAGUGUUUCAGGUUGUCACAACUAAAUACAAGAUUGAACAGAUAGAAUAUGUGCUAAUGUUCUUGUGCUAAACUGUCUGUUCAAUCUUGUAUUUAGCUCUUACAAUCUGAGUGCCUUUCACAGACCUGAAGACUUCUGAGAGAGCUUGUGUCUCAAUCACCAACAGAAAUUGGCCCAAUAGAAGAUACAGUCUCACCCACUCUUUCUUACUAAUAUCCUGGGAACAAUCUGUCUACAACUCAGAAUGUUACAUGUAACUCUUUUCCUGUUUGCACUAAAAAUGGCAGACGCAACUGCUGACACUCCAGAGAAGCUGCUUGUUAUCCACUCCAAGGCUCAUAGAGAUACCAUUCUAGCAAAUUUUGAGGAACAAAGGAAAAAGAAUUAUCUUUGUGAUAUCACUUUAAUAGUAGAGGAUGUGCACUUCAGAGCCCACAAAGCUUUACUUGCGGCCAGCAGUGAGUACUUUUCAAUGAUGUUUGUAGAAGAGGGAGAGAUAAGCCAGUCAAUCUAUAUGUUGGAGGGAAUGGUUGCGGACAUUUUUGGUGCGCUACUGGAAUUUAUCUACACAGGUUAUCUCCAUGCCAGUGAGAAAAGUAUGGAACAAAUCUUGGCAACUGCCCAGCUCCUAAAAGUGAAUGAUUUAGUAUGGGCACAUGCAGAUUAUCAGACCAACCAUAGCCCAAAUACCAUAUUACCUGUCACAUCUAAUAGUGGUGCUUCAGUAGUUGUCUUUGCAAAUGACAAGAAAAAUGGAGAUCCACCAAAGCGAAAACGGGGAAGACCAAGAAAAGUAAAAAAUAUGCAAGAGGAAAAAUUUGGGAUAACUCCUGUUGAAGAUGUGCAGUUAAGAGAGAACAAUUCAGUGCAAAAUAAACAAAACUUUAUGAAAAAAGUUGCAGAAGAAGCAGUUGUCAGUGAACAGGUUCCAGUAAGGAAAGAAGUAGAAGAAACUGAGUCAGCUUGUGGUUCAGAAACUGUUGUAGAUCGAUCAUCUGAAAAGGAUGAGAAUUAUGAUCCUAAAUCUCAAGCAAUACAGAGCAAUCAGAGUCGUUACAGCAAACGUAGGAUACGACGGUCCAUCAAAUUAAAAGAUUAUAAACUUGUUGGUGAUGAAGAUGGAAAAGUAUUAUCAAAGAGAACUGAUCGAAAAAGAAAACGCACAGGUUCUGAAGCUGCUUGUAAAGAAUGUGGCAAAGUGUUUAAGUAUAAUCACUUUUUAGCAAUUCAUCAGAGAAGUCACACAGGAGAACGCCCUUUUAAAUGCAAUGAAUGUGGUAAAGGUUUUUCCCAGAAGCACUCUCUUCAAGUUCAUGAACGGAUGCAUACUGGAGAGCGACCAUAUACCUGUACUGUCUGUAGUAAGGCUUUAACAACUAAACAUUCUCUUUUGGAACACAUGAGCCUACAUACGGGACAGAAGGCUUUUACAUGUGAUCAGUGUGGAAAGUAUUUUAGCCAAAAGAGACAACUGAAGAGUCAUUACCGAGUGCACACAGGCCAUUCGUUGCCGGAAUGUAUCCAGUGUCAUCGCAAAUUCAUGGAUGCAGCUCAGUUAAAGAAACAUCUAAGAACACAUACAGGUGAGAAGCCAUUUACUUGUGAAAUCUGUGGCAAGUCAUUCACAGCAAAAAGUUCUCUUCAGACUCAUAUCAGAAUCCACAGAGGGGAAAAGCCAUAUUCUUGUGGUAUAUGUGGAAAAUGUUUCUCGGAUUCGAGUGCUAAGAGAAGACAUUGCAUUUUACACACAGGCAAAAAGCCUUUCUCCUGCCCAGAGUGUAAUUUGCAGUUUGCACGCUUGGACAAUCUGAAGUCUCAUUUGAAAAUUCACAGCAAAGAAAAGCAAUUGCAAGAACCCAGCAGUGCUCCUAGCAGCAGCAGUAGCUCUGAGGAGGUCAGAAACAUUCUUCAGUUGCAGCAAUAUCAACUGUCCACCUCUGGCGGACAGGAGAUUCAGUUACUUGUCACGGAUUCCGUUCAUAACAUAAACUUUAUGCCAGGUCAUAAUCAAGGUAUUAGUAUUGUUACUGCUGAGAAUUCCCAAAAUAUGACAACAGGCCAGGCUGCUAAUCUUACUCUGCUCACUCAGCCACCACAACAGCUGCAGAACCUGCUUCUUGCAGCCCAGCAGGAACAAGUAGAACAAAUCCAAAGUAUCAAUAUGAUGGAGAACCAGGUAGACACUGCUCAGUCAGAGCAAAUGCAUGUCAUCACUCUUUCAAAAGAAGCACUGGCACAUCUUCAUGCCCAUCAAGGGCAAACUGAAGAACUUCAUCUUGCAGCAGGCACUCAGCAUGUGCAGCUGACCCAGGAACCUAGCCGUCAGUCUCAUACUAACCAAGAUGCAGUCCAUUCCCAUCAAAUCAGUGAAGAACAGAACCCAAAUGUACGCAUUUCUGAAUCACAUCCACAAUCUUUGUCAGUAAACCAGCCAUCCCAUGAGCACCAGAUUCAGAGACCGGCUUUUUGAAAUACAAGCUAGGAUUGCUUCUUUUUUAAAUGCUUGCCUUCAGGGAACUGGGCUGAAUUGCGCUUUUCAUUCAGAUAAAGACCUACACAUCACAUUCUGUUUGCUGCAAAAUGUAAUCUAUAUGAAGCUGUAUUUCUUGGUGAUCUU